CUAUGCAAUUUCAGAACCCUUAACCUCUCUAGGGUUUCGAUCUCAGAUCCACCACCCCUACACUCGUCGGCCUCUCUCCGAAAUGGAGGGGUUAAGGCAACUGGAGGCUUUGUGUGAGAGGCUGUACAAUUCGCAGGACUCGGUGGAACGAGCACACGCCGAAAACACUCUGAAAUGCUUUUCUGUCAACAUUGAGUACAUUUCGCAGUGCCAGUACAUUCUCGACAAUGCCAUGACGCCGUAUGCUCUGAUGCUCGCUAGCUCUAGUUUGUUGAAGCAAGUCACCGAUCACAGCCUCGCCCUGCAGCUUCGUCUCGACAUCAGGAGCUACCUUGUUAACUAUCUGGCCACUAGAGGACCUGAGCUGCAGCCGUUUGUUACUGCUUCCUUAGUACAACUCUUAUGCCGUCUCACCAAGUUUGGGUGGUUUGAUGAUGACAGAUUCAAGGAUGUGGUUAAAGAGUCCAUGAACUUCUUGAACCAGGCCACUUCUGAUCACUAUGCUAUUGGUCUGAAGAUAUUAAAUCAACUCAUCUCUGAGAUGAAUCAGCCUAAUCCAGGAUUGCCAUCAACGCAUCAUCGAAGAGUUGCCUGCAACUUCAGGGAUCAGUCACUUUUUCAAAUUUUCCAAAUUUCUCUAACUUCUUUGCGUCAACUGGAAAACAAUGUUGAAAGUCGAUUGCGGGAGUUGGCUCUUUCUCUUUCUCUGAAAUGUUUAUCUUUUGACUUUGUUGGGACAUCAGUUGAUGAAAGUUCAGAAGAAUUUGGUACUGUUCAGAUCCCAACGUCUUGGAGGUCAGUUUUGGAGGAUCCUUCAACUCUACAAGUCUUUUUCGAUUACUAUACCAUUACAAAAGCCCCUCUGUCAAAGGAGGCACUGGAGUGCUUGGUGCGACUGGCUUCUGUUAGACGAUCUUUGUUUACAAAUGAUGCUGCUCGUUCAAAGUUUUUGGCCCAUUUGAUGACGGGAACCAAAGAAAUUCUACAAACAGGGCAAGGUCUUGCUGAUCAUGAUAAUUACCAUGAGUUUUGCCGUCUUCUUGGACGUUUCCGAGUUAAUUAUCAGUUGUCAGAGCUUGUCAAUGUGGAAGGUUAUAGUGACUGGAUCCGAUUAGUAGCAGAGUUCACACUAAAGUCAUUGCAAUCCUGGAAGUGGGCCAGCAGCAGUGUAUAUUACCUUUUAGGACUGUGGUCUAGAUUGGUGACAUCUGUACCAUACUUGAAAGGUGAGGCACCCAGCUUGCUUGAAGAAUUUGUGCCUAAGAUUGCAGAAAGUUUCAUCACAUCAAGAUUUAACUCUGUUCAGGAUGGGUCUUCAGAUGAUCUUUCUGAAAACCCACUGGACAAUGUUGAACUUCUUCAGGAUCAGUUAGAUUGCUUCCCUUACCUCUGCAGAUUCCAGUAUGAAAGCAGUAGUUUAUUCAUAAUAAACACUGUGGAACCCAUUUUACAAGUAUACACGGAAAGAGCUCGCAUGCAGCCCAGUGAAAUCAGUGAUCUCUCUGUUAUUGAAGCCAAACUUGCUUGGAUUGUUCAUAUAGUUGCUGCUAUUCUUAAGACAAAACAAUGUACUGGCUGUAGUGCUGAGUCACAAGAACUAUUUGAUGCGGAACUCUCAGCUCGUAUCUUGCAAUUAAUUAAUGUUACUGACAGUGGGGUACACAGCCAGAGAUAUGGUGAGAUAAGCAAGCAACGACUUGACCGUGCAAUUCUUACUUUUUUCCAACAUUUUCGGAAAUCUUAUGUUGGUGAUCAGGCCAUGCACUCUUCGAAGCAGUUGUAUGCGCGCCUUUCUGAACUUCUUGGCCUUCAUGAUCAUCUUUUGAUGUUGAAUGCAAUUGUUGGAAAGAUUGCUACAAACCUAAAAUGUUACACUGAGAGUGAGGAGGUCAUUGGUCACACCUUGAGUUUGUUCUUGGAGCUGGCUUCUGGAUACAUGACUGGCAAGCUGCUUUUGAAGUUGGAUACUGUUAAAUUUAUAGUGUCCAAUCAUACUAGGGAGCACUUCCCCUUUCUAGAAGAAUAUAGAUGUUCUCGUAGUAGAACAACUUUCUAUUUCACAAUUGGCUGGUUAAUAUUCAUGGAAGACAGCCCUGUGAAGUUUAAAUCUUCAAUGGAUCCACUUUUGCAAGUUUUUAUCAAUCUGGAAUCAACUCCAGAUGCAAUGUUUCGCACUGAUAAUGUGAAGUAUGCAUUAAUCGGGCUGAUGAGGGAUCUUCGAGGAAUUGCUAUGGCCACAAACAGUCGCAGAACGUUUGGACUUUUAUUUGAUUGGCUGUAUCCUGCACACAUGCCACUUCUAUUGAAGGGCAUCUUGCACUGGUUUGACACACCAGAGGUUACUACACCUUUGUUGAAAUUCAUGGCUGAGUUUGUACAGAACAAAGCCCAGCGGUUGACUUUUGACUCAUCAUCUCCUAAUGGCAUACUUCUUUUCCGAGAAGUGAGUAAACUGAUUGUUGCAUAUGGGUCAAGGAUUUUGUCUCUUCCAAACGUGGCUGAUAUAUAUGCCUUCAAAUACAAGGGAAUAUGGAUAUCUUUGACUAUUCUCACGAAAGCUCUUGCUGGAAACUAUGUCAACUUUGGGGUGUUUGAGCUGUAUGGUGAUAGAGCACUUUCGGAUGUUCUUGAUAUUGCACUGAAGUUGGCAUUGUCAAUUCCUUUGGCCGACAUAUUGGCAUUCCGGAAGCUGACAAGAGCCUACUUUGCGUUUUUAGAGGUCUUAUUCAACAGCCACAUAGUUUACAUACUGAAUAUGGAUACCAGUACUUUUAUGCAUAUUGUCGGAUCUCUUGAAUCUGGCCUCAAAGGUCUUGAUACAAGUAUCUCAUCACAGUGUGCGUCCUCUGUUGAUAAUUUGGCUGCGUUUUAUUUUAACAACAUUACCAUGGGCGAGGCACCUACAUUACCUACUGCAGUAAAUCUUGCUCGUCAUAUUGCGGACUGCCCCAAUUUGUUUCCAGAAAUACUGAAGACUUUGUUUGAGAUUGUUUUGUUCGAGGACUGUGGAAACCAGUGGAGUCUUAGCAGACCAAUGCUGAGCUUAAUUCUAAUUAGUGAACAGAUAUUCUCUGAUUUGAAAGUACGGAUCAUGGCUUCUCAGCCAGCGGAUCAUCACCAGCGGCUUUCCCUGUGUUUUGACAAACUUAUGGCAGAUGUUACUAGGAGCUUGGAUUCAAAGAACAGGGACAAGUUCACCCAAAACCUCACUGUAUUUAGGAAUGAGUUUCGUGUGAAAUAACUCGAGCAUUUCAGAAUAUCAUCUGUACCUGCAAACGAUGUUAAGAGUAAUAUAAUGUUGCAUGCUUCCCUAGUUGUAAACAUGGAAUAUCUGGUAAUCGGAGCAGGCUUCUCUAGUUUGAAGUGGGACUCUGGUGAGAGACAAAGGGAGGCCAAAUUUUUGAAGUUCAUGGAUUUAUGGAGCUUGAAGGUGCACUGUGAAUUUUGUGGUGGUUGUAUACUUUUGACUGUAGCUGAAGGGGGGAAGAUGCUAAGAUUUGGAGUCCUGGUGGUUUGUAGAUGAUAGUGGUGGGUUUGGCAUGUAGUCGGAAAGGCGAGUACUAAUAUUAGUGGAUCAUUCUUUUAGACCAAAUGUGUACAUCUCCUCCAGUUUGUGUUUAGGAAUGGGAAACUAGUUGAUCUCCUGUACAUUAACCUCUACAUAUUCUUUGUAUUUGUUGAUAAUAGGAAGAAAAAGAAAGGGACUUAAUU